AUGAAAAGACUGGAAAAGUGGAUAGAUGGAGCACCCAACAGCUCAAAAAUGAUAUCGCCUGUCCUCGAGACAUUGGAAAUCGAGAGUUGCGCAAAGAUUAUUCUUUUAGAUGAAUGUCAUCCCCAUCCUCUUGUGUCCUUAAGGAUAUGGAGCUGCAUAGGUUUGGAGUACAUUAAGAGCAUACAAGGCCUCACAUCUCUUAAAUCUUUAGUAAUCGGCCAUUGUCCAAGUCUUUCAGUAAUAGCCAAUUUGCCCAAACAGUGUCAUUCUUUGAAGAGUUUGCGAAUUGGCUAUUGCGAGAAGCUGACUUCCUUGCCUUGCGAAAUGUUUGACUGUUUUGCCUUCUUAAAUAAGUUGGAACUUGGUCCGUUCUCGAAGGAGUUGGAUUCUUUCCCGAGUCUCCAAGGCAUCGAGAAGUUAAGGAACCACCUUGACUACUUGGACCUCAGAGGUUGGGAUCAUUGGGAGUCAAUUGCAGAAGAAAUACAGCACCUCACUUCACUCACUUCGUUAGUCAUAAGUGGAUUCGGAAUGCGAGAACUGCCCGUGUGGUUAACCAACAUGUCAUCUACCCAACAUUUAAGUUUCCAUGAUUACAACGGGCUAAAGAAAGAAACAUGA